AUGUCUGCGGUGUGACGUCGUUUGGUAUCCUAGGGAGGGUAUGUGGUGCUAAACAGCCCAAAUCACAUCAACAACUGGGGUUAACUAACCCCUCUAAAUAUUCAACACAGGUAAAUGAACUACAUUUCGUCAUCCUGAGCGGGCUCCUGUGUCGGAGGACGUGGAUGUGUCGCGUUGUCACACUGAAAUAACUGCUUCUCGCAAAGACUUCAGAGUUUUGAGAUUGAACCAUUGACUGGGUGAACAGUGCUAGUCCUCCUCGGGCGAGGGGAAGGAGCAACAUCAGUGACCAUGUCCGAAAAUGGCCCUCAUACAGAGGCGCCGCUGUACUUCGAGGUAGAGGUGGACCCCUUGGAAGGGGGCGACGAGGACGACGAAGAUAAGGUCCACUUCAACAAGGGUGAACAUCUGAUGGCACAGCCCUCGUCAUCCAGUGGCCGCGUGUAUGACCGCACCACAGUGCUCAUUGAGCGGGACCCCAUCCGGCUGGACGAGGAAGGUGAGGAGGAGGGCCACUGCGGUGGUGACGAAGAUGGCGUCACGUUCCUAACCGAAGGGGAAGGCGACGAGGAGGAUGGCUCGCUGGCCUUCAUGGCCGACUCCGAUGCGAUGUCACAGGGCUACGUGCACCACACCAUCUCCCCAGACCAAAUCCAGUUCACCAUCAAUCCGGGCUCCACCCCUAUGCCACGCAACAUUGAAGGCGCUACCCUUACCCUGCACUCGGAGUGUCCAGAGACCAAGCAAACGGAGGUGAAACGCUACCAGUGCAUGUUUGAAGGCUGCACCCGAACGUAUAGCACGGCGGGGAACUUGCGCACACACCAGAAGACCCAUCGCGGCGAGUACACUUUCGUGUGCAACCAGCAAGGCUGCGGCAAGGCUUUCCUCACUUCAUAUAGCCUCAAAAUCCACGUUCGUGUGCACACCAAGGAGAAACCGUUCGAGUGCGAUGUGCAGGGCUGUGAAAAGGCCUUCAACACCUUAUACAGGCUAAAAGCACACCAGAGACUUCACACAGGUAAAACAUUCAACUGUGAAUCUGAAGGAUGCACAAAGUACUUUACCACUCUCAGCGACCUGAGGAAGCACAUUCGCACGCACACUGGAGAGAAGCCGUUCCGGUGCGACCACGACGGCUGUGGCAAAGCCUUUGCAGCAAGUCAUCAUCUAAAAACCCAUGUACGGACCCACACAGGUGAAAAGCCUUUCAACUGUCCGAGUGACGGCUGCGAGAAGACAUUCAGCAGCCAGUACAGUUUGAAGAGUCAUAUUCGGGGUCACGACAAAGCACAGCCAUUCAGCGUCACCCUCACUCACCCCCUGUCCGAAGAUGCAAAUCAUUCACUAUGCCUCAGUGACUUAAGUCUGAUCUCCACUGACUCUGAGCUUCGAGAGCAACUACACAAUGCACAGAAUUUGGACCUGAACAAUGUGACCCCUGUGAAAAUCUUUGAGCUCAUGUUCCAGAGUCCUGAAAAUAGUGUCAGCCAAGAUGAGACCCAGCCAAGUGAGAGUCUUGCUGAGCGCUUCGGCCUUGAGACUCCGACCCUGCCGACGAUGACUGAGGCUUCAUCUCUGAUUUCAUACUCUCUCACAUCCACCUGCGCGUCUUCCUGCUCCCACACGGCCACUCUUGUGGAGGCUCCUACUUCCUCUCAGGCCCUCGUACCCGCCUCCGCUGCUGCCUCCACCUCCGCUCAACCGGCUGCUUUCGUUCACAUCUCCGACAGGCCCGUUCAGACUUCUGUCCAAGUGCCGAACGACGUCGCCGCACAGCACUACGUCACAUUGUCGUCGACAAUACUUCAGCGUGACACCGUGGCCCAGACUGGUCAGCAAAUCUCGGCAUCUGCUCCGGUGGCUCCAGUGCCGUGCGUUACACCAGCCACAUCGGUUGUCGCGGGCUCCGCCUCGGAUGAUGUGACAGCUGUAGCUCAAUCUUUGCCUUUGGCCAGUAAUACCAUAUCUGGUUCUUGUCCUGCUACCAUCACCAUUGCACCGACUCAGAACCUAUUGCAGCCCAGCCUGGUUAUGUCUGACCAGAACCUUCAGUGGAUCCUGAGCAGUGCCGCUAACAGCCAGCAGAAUCCUGAACAGGCAUCACAAGGUGGUCCAAAAGUGGAGAAGGUGUUCUUCACUACAGCCAUACCAGUGGGGGGAAAUGCUGGGAGCUCAGUCCAACAGAUUGGCCUGAGCCUGCCCGUCAUCAUCAUCAAGCAGGAGGAGUCGUGUCAGUGCCACUGUGCCUGCAAGGACAUGACUAAAGACAAGAAUGCUGCAUCAGCGGCCUCCACCGCAGCGCAGCAGCAACCACCAGACACGACUCCUCCUCCUCCGCAGCCCCAGGAGCCUUCAUGUCAUCCAGCCACCGCCUCUUCUUCUCCGUGCUGCCUCCCCGAGUCUUCCUCCAAGGUGGGUGAAGUCAAUCCCUCUUCAGCUCAGACCUUCCUCCAGUCGGCAUUGUCGUCCUCGCAUGGGCUUGCCAAUAUGGACGUGUCAGACUUCCUCUCGCUGCAGAGCCCGGAAACUGCCGCUAACAUCGAGGCCCUACUACUCGUCACUGACGACUUCAGCAUGGCCACGGAAGGCAAUCCUUAGACAAGUGUGUUUUCAGUGUGUGUGAGGGACAUCUCGCCUCUCUCCUUUAAUAGUGCGUGCUUCAAAUCUCCUGUACCUUCAGUGCAUUCUCCUCUCUGUGGCAUUGUGCGACAUACCUGCACAUACUUUUGAAUCUCUGCAGUAGUUGAGUUCACUGUUAAAAGAUAAAAAUGACAAUGAAUGCAGGGAAAAUGCAGAAGUUUUUUUUUUUUCCUGGGGGGUUAGGGGAAUAAUAAUACACUUACUGAAUUUGUAUAUAUAUGUCACUGAUGACAUCCAGUCUAAUUGUGCUGUCCAGACACUGAAAUCGCGAGAGUUCCCAUUUUCCUGACUCAGAGCAGGUGUGUUGUACUGCACACCAAAAAAAAAUAAAUAAUCCUGACACAUGCUUGGAGCUGGUUUUAAUGCACUGAUCAAGUAGCUCCCAGUACAAUACACGGGUGGAUACGCUUGUAAACAAUUAGAAAAGAUGUGAUUUAUCGCAAAUUUAGAUUUGAGCCACCCAGUUAAAAUGGCUGCAUCGUUUCCCUGUAACUUAACGCUAUUUUAAUAUUGUACAUUAUAAUUUAUUUAAACCUUUAAUUUCCUAUUCGCAAUGCUGUCAUGAUAGAUUGAAUCUUUUAUUAAUUUAUUCUCAACUUUUUUUUUUUUUUGUGUUAAUGAAUAACUUUCCUCUUUGGAAAGAGAAUUCCCAUGAUAAUGUCCUCACUGCAACCACAACUACUACUGUCUCUAUGAUUGUAGGGCUGUGACCCUCUCAGGAAGGCAUAUAGGGUCAUAACCGAUCCCUCCAUUUUGUUUGCACCCACCCCACUUGUGUUUUACUGCUGCACUCUUCCUUGUACUGCCACUCUAAUCUUAUUAAAAAAGGGCAGCUCACCAUUUGUGGACACAAUAGCUGCAACUGCAUCAUUGGAAACCAUAGGGUGGGAAACCUGAAGCCCGCCAUGCAAUUAAUUAUAAUUACCAUUUUCUAAACUGCUUGUUCUCAUUUAGAUUGUCGCUCAGAUGGAGCCUCGACGAGCUGACUUUAUUGUAGAGGUGCAGAACACCAGCCAGCCAAUUGCAGGCAGUUUUAAUCAGAUCGCUUUAUGCUCAAUUCCAAAACUUCAUGUGCUGCUCACAAAAAGUUAGUGAUACUCUGCUUUUGGGUGAAACUUCUGGAUUACACUAAAUUGUACUAUUAUCUUUAGAGGUGAAUUUAGGCCCACCAGACAACAAGCGACGCAACUGGACUGGACAAUCCCAAACAUAUUACUACACUCUUCUACUCUCCCUUGCACACACUUGGCAAUUGACCUCUUUGCAUAUACCAAUUCACUGCAACAGAGAAACAGCAACCUCAAUUUUUCUUACCAGGAAAGGUAUUGAAUUACCAUGAUUGACGAUUGUGAAGGAAAGCGUUUUGCCCUGUCCACUGUACCAAUAUUAUAAUAAGAAGUGGAAAAAAAUGGGUCAAAACGUGCAUAUUUUAGAGGGUAUUGGGAAUUCAUUGACUGCACUUUUUUUUGUGUGACCAUGCUUUGCUUUUAAGCCAAGGGGUCAUGUGAAUAAAACCAUAACUGUUGUAAAACAAUUGUUGCUGUGAGACAGAAUACUCACAUUACCAAAAUCACUACUUUGCAGGAAAUUGGAAAAAAAAAAAAAAAAGCAUUUUGCUCGAGAUAUUGACACCACAUCAUUCAUGUUAGUAUUGUCUUAUAUUGUUAGAAUAUAUACCUUUGUGGAUAAAAUUGGAUUAAUUAUAGGAGUGGAAGUGGCACGCUGGGUCAGCUGGAAAGCGUUGGCCUCACAGUUCUUAGGUCCCGGGUUCAAUCCCGGUUCCACCUGUGUGGCAUUUGCAUGUUCUCCCCAUGCCUGCGUGGGUUUUCUCCGGGCACUCCGCUUUCCUCCCACAUCCCCAAAACAUGCAACAUUAAUUGGACACUCUAAAUUGCCCAUAGGUAUGAUUGUGAGUGCAGCUGUUUGUCUUGAUGUUCCCUGCAAUUGGCUGGCAACCAGUUCUGGGUGUACACUGUCUCCUGCCCGUUGACAACUGGGAUAGGCUCCAGCAUGGCCUGUGACCAUUGUGAGGAUAAGCGGCUAAGAAGAUGGAUGGAUGGAUGGGUGGAUGGAUGGAUAUCUAUAGUGGGUUAAUUAUUGAACAUAUUUGGACAUGACGUUCUAUUUGCAUCUGCGACACUAUUCACUUGCACUUCAAAUUUCAAAUAGCAGGAAAACCAUUUGCAGAUUGUUGGUAUAUGCAGGAAAACUAGUUGCAGAAUCACACUUCGCAACCGUUCGGUGGUGUUCAGUCACGUCGCUUGCUGUACCAAUGUACAACAUGGUUGCUCUAUGUCCCAACCAAUGCAUUUCCAAGGAUAUCCAAUUCUUUGCCUUCCUGCGAAUCUUUCAGUCUGUUUAGAAAAUUCUGAUGACGCUGUAGCACAGUCAAAGCUCGUUGGAGACUCCCUACGAGGUUCGUACUUAGUCUGUCAAAAUGUAAACAGCAUACUGAAGUGGACUGUUUAUAUGCCAAUUCCUCUUAACACCAGGAAAUGUAUUGGUGGAUUUAUGUGCAUUCAAAGUUGCAUUUUGUAUUCAUCCUAAAUACAGAAGCAGAACACCCUUAAUUUUGAGUA